ACACAGGCUAGCCGAGCUGCGCACUUAACCAACACAACAAAUGAGCUAGACUUGAUUUGAGUGACGGGAGUGCAAAGUUAGCUUUUCUGUCUAGUCUUUUCGAAGAUUUACGACACUGUAUCUUUUCCUUUUAGUCGAUGUUCAGAGAUAUUUAACUUAAAGUCAUGAUCUUCAACGCAAUCAGCAGAUCUCGUGCCGCUUUUGGUACUUUUGUAGGCCAAUUGCAGAGAUCUGCACCAAAGUCAGCAAGCUGGAGGAGUUUGUGUAGUAAACCACAUGAGGCACCUGCGCCAACACAAGCACAAAGAGCAGGGUUUAAAAUGCCCGGCUACCGACCAACCGAGAUGGACAAAAAGAUACUGGUGUGGUCUGGACGCUUCAAAACCAAGGAGCAGAUCCCAGAGCAAGUGUCAUUUGAGAUGAUCGAUGCCGCCAGGAACAAAGUGCGUGUUAGGGCCUGCUAUGUCAUGAUAGCUCUGACUAUUGGAGGCUGCAUCCUGAUGGUCAUCAUGGGAAAACAGGCUGUAAGUCGCCAUGACAACCUGACCAGCAGGAACAUGGAGAAAAAGGCUCGGUUAAGAGAAGAGGCGCAGAGGGAGCUAGAAAUGGCAGCAUCUCUGACUGAGAAGAAGGCGCAGUGAGGAGUUUUCCGGGAUCAGGAACACUAAAACUCUGUGACCAUUCAUGUUCACCAUUCAAACAGCAUAACUUAUCCUGAAAUAAUCCUAUAGCAGUACAGUCAAGUAUUCCUGCACUCUUAAAUAAAUAUCUGCACUGUUGAUCGUCUGCUUGAUUUUUGUUAAUGUUGUUUUGUUAUAUUCAGGGUUCUUUGAGUAAAAAAAGAGAGAUUAAAUGAGAAGUAUCCGUCA